GAACAAAUCAGGCUUUGGUUUUGUGUUUCAACUUUAAGAUACUUCUCUAGAUUUCAAUCGGAGGAUCUUUUGUUCCGACAAAGUUUCAAUUUUUCAAUAUCCUACGACGGCAAAUAGGGUUCAUGGAAGAUCAACCCAUUAAGCAGUGCUCUAGUAGCACCAAUGCAUCAGAGAAAACUCCAGAAUCAACCCUUGAGCUUAACAUCAAGACGUUAGAUUCACGGACGUACACUUUCCAAGUGAACAAGAAUGAAACUGUUUCGCUAUUCAAGGAGAAGAUAGCUAGUGAGACAGGGGUUCCGGUUGGUCAGCAGCGGCUCAUUUUCCGAGGAAGGGUUUUGAAAGAUGAUCAUCCUCUCUCGGAGUAUCAUUUGGAAAAUGGGCACACUUUACACUUGAUUGUGAGGCAGCCAGCAGAAUCAGUUCCUUCAUCUGGUACACCUUCAGAAGGGGCAACUGCAAAUGAUGGAAAUAGUACAAAUGGUGGACCAUCUCGAAAUGGAAGACAUGUCUCCCACAGCGUAGUUCUUGGGUCUUUUAAUGUUGGAGAUCAGACAGAAGGCAUUGUUCCAGAUCUCAGCCGGGUCAUUGGAGCAGUUCUAAAUUCUUUUGGAGUUGGUGGACAGCAUCCUACAAAUAACAGUACUAAUGGCACGCAAUCCUCUAUGCCUUCGAAUCCGUCUUCUCAUGCACCUCCUGGAAAUACAUCUGAUGGAGCGCCUGGCAUUGGUAGUCAAAGCCAAGCUACGGGUCAUUCACAACCUAGGCAAGCAUUUCCUGGUGUAUCAUUUCAAGCAUCGAUGCCUCGUGUAGUUCAGAUUCCGGUUACAGCAGCUACGACGAUUCCUAUUCCUUCAUUUCUAACGCCUAUUCCGGAUUCAUUAGACACUCUAGUGGAGUUCAUUAAUCGGAUGGAGCAGGCAUUAUCACAAAUUGGCUAUCAGCCAGAUACCUCUUCUGCUAGAUCCGGAGGGCGACCAAGGGAAGAGUUGCCUAGAAAUAGACGAGGUGCAGCAACACCUGAAGCACUCUCUGUUGUCUUAAGGAAUGCACAACAUUUAUUGAGUGGUCUAGGUGUCUCUUCUUUAUCGCAUAUUGCGGGACGUCUGGAGCAAGAUGCGUCCUCUUCAGAUCCUACUCUAAGGGCACAAAUCCAGACAGAGGCCGUGCAAGUAGGUCUUGCCAUGCAACAUUUAGGGGCCCUCCUACUGGAGCUUGGGCGCACAAUUUUGACAUUGAGAAUGGCACCGUCUCCGGAAUUAUCCUAUGUGAAUGCUGGGCCUGCUGUUUAUAUAUCGCCAUCAGGACCGAAUCCUAUUAUGGUUCAGCCUUUUCCUCACCAAAUCAGCCCUCUCUUUACUGGUGCUGCUGCCUCAUCAAAUCCAGUCACCGGACCCGUUGGUUUAGGAACUGCCCAAAGGCACAUUAACAUUCACAUACAUGCUGGCACAUCAGGUUCACCUAUGAUGUCAUCGGUUGGGAACCAGCGAAGUAAUGGAGAGGGAGGGCAAGGAGACCGUGACAGCAUUACGAGUUCAGUUGCUACGGCUGUUCCAUCACACUCUACCGGUGAGAAUAUUUCUGCUGGGGUUCAACCUGGUUUGGAUGGGGCUGCUUCAGUUGCCCAAAUCAAUGCAAGGAUAAGAGAAAUGGUAAACAUUAUGCAAGGAAGAAACCAGAUUCCAUCGGAAUCUCUCGAGCGGGAUACGUCUACGGGCCAUGAUGUUGCCACUGCUAUACCUGAGCAGCCUACCAACAUUGCAGCUACUUGCACACCUGAGUCGUCAAGUGGCUCGCUGCAUGACUUACCAUCUGAGAGGAGCAAUUUAGUAUGUCAAAGUGAAAAAGAUCUUGGUGGAGAUUUAGGGCAUCCAGCCCAUGCAAAAGAUAUCUCUUGUACUACAGGACAAUCUUCAGCUCCAUCUGGAGAAUCCACAGGGAAUGGGGAAAAUGCUACCGGUGAUGCCAAAGAAACCAAGAAGGCUACUCCAGAGGUAGCUACAGCUACACCACUUGGAUUGGGGCUUGGAGGUUUAGACCGUAAGAAACGAAGCAAGCAGCCGAAGGUAUCAGGUAAGAAUGAAGAUAGUGGGACUUUAGCUACACUUGAAGGUUUGCAACAGAGCAGUGGGACCAGUGGUCAGCAGCUUUUGCAAUCUCUCUUUUCUGGUAGUUCUCGUUCAGAUGAGACUGGUCUUAGACGCGGGCAAGGUUCAGAUGAUCGGGUAGAUGUCUCAAGUGCAGUGUCUCAAGUCCUGGAGAGCCCUGUACUGGAUGGAUUGCUAGCAGGGGUAUCUCGACAAGCUGGUGUUGAUUCACCAAAUAUGUUGAGAAAUAUGCUCCAGCAGCUUACCCAGAGCCCACAGAUCAUGAACACAGUCCAACAAAUUGCCCAACAGGUGGAUGGGCAAGAGAUAGAAAAUAUGAUGUCAGGCGGAUCUCAAGGCGACGGUGGCGGCUUUGAUUUCUCUAGAAUUGUCCAACAAAUGAUGCCUCUAGUCUCACGUGCUUUUAGCCAAGGAGGGCCAUCGCCUAAUCCCACAACACAACAGCCUGAUGAUCGUCAACCUUCUCAGGUAAAUGUUCAAUCCAUGGCUCAAAUGAUUGAGCACUCUGAUCCACCAGAGGAUGUCUUCCGUGCAAUGGUCGAAAAUGCUGCGAUGAGCCAAGACGACCUAGUGAACGAGCUUUGCUGUGAUGAAGUUCUUUCUCAAGAAUAUGCGGAGUUGCUAAGACGUGAUAUUGAAGACCGGCUAAAAGAUGAUCAAGGUCCAUAAGCUAUUUGGUAGAAUUGGUUCCAUAAGUGUCAGAUCUUUAAAGUAUCUUUGUUUAUUUGUUGAGAUCCCUCUCUUUUGUAUUAAGAAUUAGGGUUUGGGAUGGUCUACUCUGCUAAACACAUAAGUAACAGUAAAUUAUCUGGUCUUUA